CCCUCGUCCCGCCCCGUCCAUUCCCUGCCUCCUCCUGUCCCGAAGUCCGCCUCCAGCGGCUCUGCUUGUUCGUGUGUGUGUCGUUGCAGGCCUUAUUCCUUAUUCAUGGGCUCCCCGCUGAGGUUCGACGGCCGGGUGGUUGUGGUCACCGGCGCUGGGGCAGGAUUGGGCCGAGCCUAUGCCCUGGCUUUUGCAGAAAGAGGAGCGUUAGUUGUUGUGAAUGAUUUGGGAGGGGACUUCAAAGGAGUUGGUAAAGGCUCCUUAGCUGCUGAUAAGGUUGUUGAAGAAAUAAGAAGGAGAGGUGGAAAAGCAGUGGCCAACUAUGAUUCAGUGGAAGAAGGAGAGAAGGUUGUGAAGACAGCCCUGGAUGCUUUUGGAAGAAUAGAUGUUGUGGUCAACAAUGCUGGAAUUCUGAGGGAUCGUUCCUUUGCUAGGAUAAGUGAUGAAGACUGGGAUAUAAUCCACAGAGUUCAUUUGCGGGGUUCAUUCCAAGUGACACGGGCAGCAUGGGAACACAUGAAGAAACAGAAAUAUGGAAGGAUUAUUAUGACUUCAUCAGCUUCAGGAAUAUAUGGCAACUUUGGCCAGGCCAAUUAUAGUGCUGCAAAGUUGGGUCUUCUGGGCCUUGCAAAUUCUCUUGCAAUUGAAGGCAGGAAAAGCAACAUUCAUUGUAACACCAUUGCUCCUAAUGCGGGAUCACGGAUGACUCAGACAGUUAUGCCUGAAGAUCUCGUGGAAGCCCUGAAGCCAGAGUAUGUGGCACCCCUUGUCCUUUGGCUUUGUCACGAGAGUUGUGAUGAGAAUGGUGGCUUGUUUGAGGUUGGAGCAGGAUGGAUUGGAAAAUUACGCUGGGAGCGGACUCUUGGAGCUAUUGUAAGACAAAAGAAUCACCCAAUGACUCCUGAGGCAGUCAAGGCUAACUGGAAGAAGAUCUGUGACUUUGAGAAUGCCAGCAAGCCCCAGAGUAUCCAAGAAUCAACUGGCAGUAUAAUUGAAGUUCUGAGUAAAAUAGAUUCAGAAGGAGGAGUUUCAGCAAAUCAUACUAGUCGUGCAACGUCUACAGCAACAUCAGGAUUUGCUGGAGCUAUUGGCCAGAAACUCCCAGCAUUUUCUUAUGUUUAUACGGAACUGGAAGCUAUUAUGUAUGCCCUUGGAGUGGGAGCAUCAAUCAAGGAUCCAAAAGAUUUGAAAUUUAUUUAUGAAGGAAGUUCUGAUUUCUCCUGUUUGCCCACCUUCGGAGUUAUCAUAGGUCAGAAAUCUAUGAUGGGUGGAGGAUUAGCAGAAAUUCCUGGACUUUCAAUCAACUUUGCAAAGGUUCUUCAUGGAGAGCAGUACUUAGAGUUAUAUAAACCACUUCCCAGAGCAGGAAAAUUAAAAUGUGAAGCAGUUGUUGCUGAUGUCCUAGAUAAAGGAUCCGGUGUAGUGAUUAUUAUGGAUGUGUAUUCUUAUUCUGAGAAGGAACUUAUAUGCCACAAUCAGUUCUCUCUCUUUCUUGUUGGCUCUGGAGGCUUUGGUGGAAAACGGACAUCAGACAAAGUCAAGGUAGCUGUAGCCAUACCUAAUAGACCUCCUGAUGCUGUACUUACGGAUACCACCUCUCUUAAUCAGGCUGCUUUGUACCGCCUCAGUGGAGACUGGAAUCCCUUACACAUUGAUCCUAACUUUGCUAGUCUAGCAGGUUUUGACAAGCCCAUAUUACAUGGAUUAUGUACAUUCGGAUUUUCUGCCAGGCGUGUUUUACAGCAGUUUGCAGAUAAUGAUGUGUCAAGAUUCAAGGCAAUUAAGGCUCGUUUUGCAAAACCAGUAUAUCCAGGACAAACUCUACAAACUGAGAUGUGGAAGGAAGGAAACAGAAUUCAUUUUCAAACCAAGGUCCAAGAAACUGGAGACAUUGUCAUUUCAAAUGCAUAUGUGGAUCUUGCACCAACAUCUGAUACUUCAGCUAAGACACCCUCUGAGGGCGGGAAGCUUCAGAGUACGCUCGUAUUUGAGGAAAUAGGACGCCGCCUAAAGGAUGUUGGGCCUGAGGUGGUGAAGAAAGUAAAUGCUGUAUUUGAGUGGCAUAUAACCAAAGGCGGAAAUAUUGGGGCUAAGUGGACUAUUGACCUGAAAAGUGGUUCUGGAAAAGUGUACCAAGGCCCUGCAAAAGGAGCUGCUGAUACAACAAUCAUACUUUCAGAUGAAGAUUUCAUGGAGGUGGUCCUGGGCAAGCUUGACCCUCAGAAGUUCACAAGGGUUUGCUUCUGAGACUAAGUGCUGCCAGUUAACAAGUAUUGUUAACAAGCAUUGCUGAGCAAAGAACACCUGAGUUUAAGCUCUGGCCCUACUUCUUGCUGGCUCUGUAGACUUGAGCAGGUUGUUUAAGAAGCUCUCUGAAAUUCAGUUUCUCAUCUGCCAGCUGGGGUAAGAACUGCUGAUGUGCCCACUUCAAAUUGACAGCUGUGAUUCUUAAGUGAGAUUAUAUUUGUGGAGCUGCUUUGUAAUGCUAAAUGUAUAUAGGUAUCACUAUUUUUUCCAUUUAGCUAGAAAUCUAGAGGCUUUUUCACUUUAUAUUUUAUGUAAGCUAUAAAAACUAUGAUUGAUUAUUUUUAUUUUACACUGAAGGAGAACUUAAGGAACUUGCACCAGUUUCUGUAUCAGGUUAGAUACAAAACUGCUGCAGGAACCCUUCAUUUUUUAACACACCAGCUUUUGCUUGAUAAUAAUGAUGAAUUAAUACUCUCUUACCACAUGUCAAACUACUAAGCUAAGCACUGUACACAUUAUUUUAUUUAACACACACAAUAGAGUUGUGUUAUUUAGGUACUGUUGUUAUGCCUUUUAUAGAUGAGGAGAUUGAAGCUCACAGAGACCACGUAUCUAAGCAUUUUCUCAAGCUCACCUUGCUAUUAAGGGGCAGAGCCUGGAUUUUAACUCAGGCAUUCUGAUGCUACAGCUGUGAUCUGUUCAACAUUGUGUUACAUUCUCUAGUUGGUCAUUUCGUGGCUUUCUAAAGUUCAUGAAACUGUAGUAAAUAUUUUAAAUCUGCUUUUAAAAGUUCUGAAUUGGAUAUUUUUAUUAGGAAAACAGUGUAGCCUUUUAUUAAUAUGGUCUCAAAUUCACGUGUAAGAACAUAAAGUAAAGCCAGAAACGUAGGUUGAAACAGAACUCCCAGAUCCAUGAGUUCAGAUAAAUUACUGUAUAGUUUUCUAAAAUACACAGGAGUGAUUUUUCUUUUUUUUUUAGAUACCUAAAAAAUAUGUGCUAUCUAUAGUUAUUAAAUUGUCCUUGCUAAAUAAAAGUUGCCUUUGUUGUCCAGAAUUAUUAGCUCAAUUGUAUUCAGCCUGAAUAAUGAUCUUAAAAAAAAAAAGAAAUAAACUAUAACAUGGUAACAGUUGGCACUCUUUUUCCCUCCUCUCCUUGCAGGCAUUCUUUAGUGGCAGACUGAAGGCCAGAGGGAACAUCAUGCUGAGCCAGAAACUUCAGAUGAUUCUUAAAGACUAUGCCAAGCUCUGAAGGGCAUACUACACUGUUAAUAAAAAUGCAAUAAAUACUCUCUUCACCCAAAUAUCCUUGAUUAUUCUGCAAAAGUGAUUAGAACUAAGAUGCAGGAGAAAUUGCUUAACAUCUUCAGAUAUCAGAUAACUGCAGAUUUUCAUUUUCUACUAAUUUUUCGUGUAUCAUUAUUUUUACAAGGAACUAUAUAUAAGCUAGCACAUAAUUAUCCUUCUGUUCUUAGAUCUAUAUCUUCAUAAUAAAAAAAUUUCGCCCAAGUCCAGUUUCCUUAGAAUUUGCGAUAGCAUUGGUAAGUUGAAAGGAAAAUUAAAUCAAUAAAGGCCUUUAAUACCUUU